ACAUUGCCGCUAUCUAAAUAGAGCAGCCUUGCUCUGUGCAUGCAGUGCAGCGAGGCUAGUCCUGAUAACUAUUCCCCACCGAAACGGCCAUAUCCUCUAUGUGACUACUGAAUUGGAGGAUUUGGCCUGUAUUAGCCCUCAAACAGUAAACCGUAUCCAGGGAAUUUAAAAGCAAAAGGGAUUAGUUUGCUGGCUUGUGGAAGGAGGAGACGGAGGGCUGGUUUAUUUGGAAAAGGACAAUAUUUGCAGGUGUGCAAAGUCUUUGUUGUUUGUUUCAGAGCUGACUCUGGGUUCAGAAAACACCAUCCGACUGCGAUGACACAAUUGGCCGUCUGAGAAAGAACAUCUUGCUGAAAUUCAAGGGAACAGCUUUGUAAUCCUCCAAGAUGAUGCAGAAGCAGCAGACCCGCACUUCCCCCGGCAGUGUGAGUUCCUCCCGGGGGCCCAGUGUCCCUGGCUCCCCUGCUGUCACCAUUGUGGCAAAAAUGGACAAUCAGGUCAUAGGAUACAAGGAUUUGGCUGCCAUCCCCAAAGACAAAGCUAUACUCGACAUUGAACGGCCGGAUUUAAUGAUCUAUGAACCCCAUUUCAACUACUCCUCUCUGGAAAGAUCUGAGCUGCCCAGGAGCCGAGAGAGAUCAAUGUCGCCCCGCUCCAUCUCACCCCCACCCUCCCCUGAGACUUGUGCCAGCAAGGAGCCCAAGGAGUGGCCAGAGCAGAAGUCUCCGGGGGGUUCCUCACUAGGGGGAUCCACAGUUCAAUCCCGCAAGAUCAGCACCUCUGCCAAGGGCCCCAUGCAGCACUUUCAUAGGCCAGACAACGGUACCAACAUUUAUAAAAAGCGACCAAUUUACAAACAAGAUGUCUCUGCGUCAGUCCCGCACAGCAAACACAUAGAAGAUCUGAUCAUCGAGUCUUCCAAGUUUCCUGCUGCCCAGCCGCCUGAUCCCAACCAGCCCUCUAAGAUCGAGACUGACUAUUGGCCCUGCCCGCCCUCCCUGGCUGUCGUAGAGACGGAGUGGAGGAAGAAAGCCGCCUCGCAAAGGAAAGCAGAAGGGGGUGACAACGAGGAGGAUGAAGAGUAUGAUGACGGAGAUCUGUCUGAGGACAUGAUGAGGUUGAGGCAGCUUCAGAGACAGGAGCUCAACAAGAUCCAGUCCAACCUGGGGAAAUUGAUCCUGAAGGAGGAAAUAGAGAAAUCGGUCCCCAUUCGCAGGAAAACCCGCUCACUGCCAGACAGAACACCCAUGCACCAGGGAUCGUCUUCAAGGGCCUCCAAAUCCGUCUCUCUCCCAGCAUGCAGCAGGACCGGACUCAGCAGGCUCCAGUCUGCUGAGUUCUCUCCAGACAGUGACAAGGGAGGGACAGGUCUCCAGGUAGGAGAGCUCAUACAAGAACAGUAUAUACACAGGUGGGGUCCCUGUAGAAUGGAGAGGCUCAGAGAGGGAGGAUGGACAGAGGAAACUCACUGCCCAGUAUGUUGGAACAGAAGAUAUACCCCUAUGAAAUGCUCAUCGUCACCCACAGAGGCAGAAGCAAACUCCCACCGGGGGUUGACAGGAUGCGACUGGAGAAGCACCUGGCUCCAGAGGAAUUUCAGCACUUAUUUGGAAUGCCCAUCGAGGAAUUCGAUCAGCUCUCUCUCUGGAAACGCAACGACCUGAAAAAGAAGGUCUCUCUCUUUUAGUGGGACGCAAGCCACUGCACUCCCUGGGAAGCGAGGCAAAUGUGUAUACAUUCAAGAAAACAAAAUGAAACAGAUCACAGGCAAAAUUCUAGGAAAGGACAGGACUAGGAAAGCUCUUUGAUUGGCACAGCUGCACUGUGUCAGACCUGAAGAAACUCUCGUCCCUGACCGUAUUUAUAUAGAAAUCACCUAUCAACAGUCUUAUCACUGGUCAAAGCCUCCAUAUCUUCUUUCUCUCUCCAAUUGCAGCUGCAAAGUGGGAGAAUAUGGGAAUAAUGACAAAUAGCUUUUCUUCUGUGAGAUGUCCAUAUGGACAUGCUCAAAGAGCUAUAGUCGAGUGAGUCAGUUCUGGCUACUUCCCUCUGGGAAGGUAGAACUUACUGAGUUUAGUAUUUCCUGAAGCGAAACACAUUACUCAGUUCACACUUAACAUGCAAACACUGCCACAAAUAGUUUGGCUAUGGAGAUUAUUGACUUCACUGUCAAAAUGUCUAGUUUAGCAACUACAACUUAGUAGCGUGUCAGCUAAAAAAUAAGCAGUAUGAUUCUGUCACUGAGACUGAACUACCAGCAGAAAGGAUGGUCUUGUAACUUUUUCUGCGCUGUUUUCCGUGGAUUUUGAAGUAGUUUUGAAAAAUUCAUUUCGGUUUAUUUAAUUAAUACUUUUUAUCAUUUUCUUAUGAUUAUUUACCAAAAUGUCUUUAAAUGGAAGGGAACAGUUCCAUUGAACUGUUAUUUUCAAUAAUCCAGAAAUCACGUGUGGUGACAGAAGGCUUUUAGAUAAAAGUGACUUUUUAGUGUCACAGCUUUCGGCUAGUUUAUAUAUGUUACACUUCCCCCUGUAUUUCCUCUAACCUGGAAUGAGCAGCUCAGUGUAAACAUAGGUUUCAUCUCUUCCCUCUCUUUUUUGUCUCAGUCUUGCUGCUAUCAUGUUUUCAAGCACCUUUGAGGUUUCGUUUGUGUUUAACAAGAGCAGUAUUCCUGUUUUAUAGGAUAAAUUAUGAAGUGAAUAUUAAUUUACAUCUACAAAAAAUUUCCCUGUUUUUCCACUGCCAAUUAUGGUUUCAGUGAACCCAGGCUCCUGAUAUUAAUAUAUCUGAAAUGUAUAGUUUUUGGCAUUCUUCUGCUAUGGUUUCACAUAAAAAACAAAUGAUGUGCAACAUUUGUUUUUGGGCAAAGUAUAUUAGUACUACCUAGGUCGUGGCAUGACUUUCCAAGAGGUGAAUUGCAUUCUUCUUACAAGCAUAUAUAUCAAUAUAAGAAUGUAGAGUAAGUAAACAUCUUGUCUUCAUUAGUAUAAGUGAAUAAGAUGAAAAAGCCUGAUGAUAAUGGGGUGGGGCCCUGUGCCCUCCUUGCUGAGGGCGUGGCAGAACCACAGACACUGACUGUGAUAUGAAGGCCCGUGCAGGGGGUCACUGUAAGGAGGCACCGCGACAGGUGCGUGACAAGGAAGGUCACGGCCAUCUUGGCUCCGUGACCCCUUAGCGCCACACGGCUCUCCGCCGCAGACGGGCGGCCCUCCGCGGCUUAUGCCACCUGUUGUGCUGAGGGUUUUUUUUUUUCUUCGCUGGGAUCGAGAGCCAGACAAAACACCACGGCAGGCGACACGCACGACAGCCGUCCGGCUUCUCGGCCCCUCUCAGGCCCUGCCGCCUGGUUCCAGCGUUUGGAAACCCGUGGAGACGCGGCUGCAGGGCUGUCAGAGCUCUUCCAGAAGACCGUAAAGUGUGAGGUGUGUUGGAGGUAUGUUGAAGAGACUGGAUGUCACACGCAAUGGAUGCACCCUCUGGACUCCAAGCCAAUUUUCGGAUUCAGGACUCAUUUCACGCACAUCUUAUCUGUAAUGAUCUCCCGCCACAUAUCAACUUGUGAUAACUUUUCAGGUUUUUUUUUAUUUUAUUUUAUUUUAUUUUAUUUUUUGGCGCCUCGCUAAAAGUCAGCGAUGUAUUUGUUCUCAGCAACAUGGUCUCGGUUUGCAAGUUGGAGAUAAUGUUAAUUGGACAUUUUAACCCACGUCAUAAUGCUCUCACUUUGUUUCCCCUCCCUGCACCGAUGUUACGCCUGUGAUCAUGGUCGUUUUUUGUCAUCUGCUAGCAACCCCUUAUUAUUCGUCAUUCCACCUGAUUCUCAGUAGGUCAUUGUCACACAUUUCAAUGCACAAUCAGGCUUUCUGCCAUGGCUGACAGAGGGCAUUAGUUACAGUACUUGUUGCAGCAGCUUCAUUUUCAACUUCUAAUUUUUUUAUGUGAAAGUGUGUUGAAAAUAAAAUAAAAAUAAUUAUUGAAUUUA